UAACUCAGAGUAGGUACGCAAAGCCAGUUAAAAUUACAUUACAGAAAAAUACAUACAAAUAAAAAGUAAAAUGUGUGAAAACUGGAAAAUUGGUUAAAAUUAUAAAUAUAACUAAAUUCGUAAGCAAUUAAUUUGAUAGUUAGUUGAAUUAUAAUAGUUAUUCUUAUUGUUUUAAAUAUAUUUGCAUAAUUGAAGUAAGUCUCCAUCAUGGAAAAUCAUAUUCGAUGUUUCGCGGAUAUCUCUAAACAAGUGUUUAAUGAUGAAGGCGUAAUUACGAGUUCGUCGUUAGAACAGAAAUGUGUCGAAAAUGUAAUUUUGAAAAUAUACAAGCAAUUUGAACAGAAAGCUUCAAUUGACCCAGACUUGCCUAAACUGAACAAGAGUGCUCACGCUAAGUUUUUAAAGAAUGCCUUAAUCAGUUUAUCACAAAGCUACACUUGCUUGGAUGCAAGUAGGCCUUGGUUGAUUUACUGGAUUUUGCAUGCAUUGUGGGCCUUGAAGGACAUGCCUGAUGCAGAAAUACUGUCGCAUACAGUGAGCUUCCUGUCGCAUUGUCAGCACAAGGAUGGUGGGUACGGUGGAGGCCCAGGGCAGUAUUCACAUUUGGGUACAACUUAUGCAGCUGUUAACGCAUUAAGUAUUAUUGGUACAGAAGAAGCCUAUGAUUCAAUUGAUAGAAGCUCCUUACAAAAAUUCUUAUGGACCGUCCGUGAAGUAGACGGAUCUUUUGCUCUACAUAGAGGUGGGGAACAGGAUAUCAGAGGAGCCUAUUGCGCUGUCAGUAUUGCUAAAUUAACCAACACUUUUACUGAGGCAUUGUUUGAUAAAACCGCAGAGUGGAUAGUGAGUUGUCAGACUUAUGAAGGAGGUUUCGCUGGGUGUCCAGGAAUGGAAGCGCACGGGGGUUAUGCAUACUGUGGAAUUGCUGCGCUAGGUUUAUUAAAUAGAACAAAACUGUGUGAUAUGGAUGCACUGUUGAGGUGGUGUGUCAAUCGUCAGACAACUGUUGAAGGUGGAUUUCAAGGUCGUACAAAUAAACUUGUUGAUGGAUGUUAUUCCUUUUGGCAAGGUGCUACAUUUCCUAUCAUAAGUGCAAUAUUAGCUCAAGAUCACAAGGAAAUGAUAGAGACAGUACUGUUCAAUCAAGGGGCCUUACAGGAAUAUAUCAUUGUUUGUUGCCAAGCUCCUGAUGGUGGACUUAUUGAUAAACCGGGGAAGCCUAGAGAUAUAUACCACACAUGCUACACACUGAGUGGAUUGUCCGUAGCUCAACACGGCACAGGGGCCAAUGAUCCUUACGUUGUGGGAACCCCUAAUAAUGAAUUGAACAGGAUACACCCGCUGCAUAAUAUUGCUCCUCAUCUUGCAUAUAAUGCUCUACAUUAUUUCAUUAGACAUCCUCCACCAGUGAAGGAUAAAAAUUAACUUCUUUUUUGUAGAUUUGUAUAUUAAACAGUAACCAAUAUAAGUGUUUGAGUUUUUAUGAAAAAAAGAAUACAAUGUUUUCAUUUGACUUCUCACUUAUCUGACUAGAUAAAUUUAAAAAGUAUCAACCGUUUGUGAGUACAGGCUAUGUAACAUAAUGAAAAAUUCUGAAAUGUUAUUUUUGCUAUAAAAAUAUUUAUAGUACUACUAAAUAGUCUAAGGUGACAAUAUACUCAAUAUCAUAAUUUUAAAUAGUGUACUAAAGCUCAGAAUUGUAAAUUACAUGAAAUAACAAAUUUUAGUUUGCUGGCCAGCCAGUAUUUGUGGUAGAACUUGACGAAAUUUUUUUGUAACUAAACCUGAUGUUUGAAAAAAGAGGUAGAUAGAUUACAUGCGGACGCAAGUGGCACUUUAAAACUAUGCUAAUUAGCAAACUUGAGCUCAGUCGCCGCACUGUCAUCGCACCGUUGGCAAUGCAGCUGAAAUAUUUUUUGUAAACAUCAAAUGUGGUUAAUGUAACCUACUACCUCUUUUUUUCUUCUACUAUCAUUGAACGAAACAUAACGACUAUGCCUGAUAAAUUUAAAUAAAAUCCUGGUGUUGGCAAAGUUUUGCAAUCUUUUGCAAACCCAAUUUGCCAUAAUAAUUUUUCAUUUGAUCAGCUAGAUCCUAAUAAGAUUAACUUUCUUUGUAAUGUUUCAUUAACUGAUUAAAUAAAUCUAAUUUUGAAUUGGUGGUUUUGUACAGUUCAAAAAAUUUACAUUACAAGUCAAGUCUACAACAUAAAGUUUACAACCUGAACCUAAGUUAUUAGAUGAUAUUUGUGAUUAUUUUACCAUUACCUUCAUAUGUUAUUUAUUUGGGAUAAGAAACAAAUGAUAGAAAUAUUCAUAUUGACACAUUGCACUUUUGUAUUGUAUGUUUUAAAUGAUGAAUUUGGUUUUUUAAUUUAAUUACUUAAUCUCAACCCUUCAUUGGUUAAUUAUUUUAAUAAUUAAUAUUAUAUUAUUACACUAUACAUGUGUUUGUCACCCACGGGUACAGCAUUUUCAAAACUAAAAAUGACAGAAGCAAGUUCUAGUGUAUUUUUUUUUGUACAAUCUGAAAAUUUAACUAGUGUGUUGUAUGUAUAGUGUGACUCACCUUGGGAUGAAUCAUUUUAUAUCAUACUCAUUAUUAAGUGAUUUGUAAAUAAGGUAUGAGAUUAAAAUGCUAAGAAUGUAUGGAAAGCAGUUAAUAAUAGUUCUACAUCAAAGUGGUAUUAAUUUAUUUUACAUUUUGAAUGUAUGACAGUGUAAUCUAAUCUCAUAAAUCCCUUUAUUGCAUUGUCAAUGCAACAUUUACAAAGUAAAGGAGUUAUUAUACUACCUAAAAACUAAAAUGUAAAUUAAAGAGAAUAAGCAAAAUAAAAAUAAAGUAAUCUUCUUAUGUAUUUUUAAAUGCUUGUAGUCAAAAUGGUAACAUUAUUGUUAAAAUUAAAUCUGAGCACCUAUUUUUCACACCUAUUUUAAAUAAGAUGUGCUUUAUUAUACUAUGUGUAUAAUAUUAUUAGUAUGUAGUUGUAUUAGCAAAAGUGGGGCUGUAAAAAAUUAAUGGUUCGUAAAUAUUUUUAGAUUUACAGAAAGGAAACUUUUUGUAAGAUAUGUAUAAACAUGGUUCUGGUAUUGCCUAAAUAUUUAUUAUAACCAUUCUUGUCUCUGACAGAAAAUAGAAAACAUUGAAGAUGUAAGCUGAUGUGUUUGUAUUUUUCGAAAAUAGACUUUAUAACAAGGUAUAGGUAGAGUAAACUUUAAUUACUAGUUAUGUAAUAACUAAACUUUACUCUAUAUGACC